AUGGCUCGCAUUCUCAUUACUGGUUCCGCUGAUGGCUUGGGCCUCGAAGCUGCGCGCCAACUUGUUAAGGGCAAUCACACCGUUUAUCUCCAUGCGCGCAACGCUCAACGAGCAGCGGAGGCCAAAGAAAAGUGCCCUGGUGCAGCUGGUGCUUUUGUAGCGGACUUGACACUCGUGUCAGAGACAAAAAGGCUCGCCGAGGAAGUCAACGCAGUCGGAACCUUCGAUGCCAUCAUUCAUAAUGCUGGCUUGCUGGCCGGACCAUUCCGCAAGACUCCCGACACCGGUAUCCCAGCUCAGACGGCCGUCAAUGUUCUUGCACCCUACAUUCUCACCUGUCUCUUAACACCUCCCAAGAGACUCAUUUACAUCGCGUCUCAACUACACGCCCAGGCCGAUACAAGCGUCAAGGAUAUUUUCUGGCUCGAGCGAGGCGAGUCUCAAUUCCGAGACUUCCCCGCAUACUGCGACUCAAAGCUUCAUGUCAUGUUGCUUGCAAACGCAGUCGCCAGACGUUUCAAGAACACGUCGGUCAUGUCUGUUCAUCCAGGAUGGGUUGCAACGAAGCUUGGAGGAGAGGAUGGGCCAGAUAAGCUGGAGGAUGGAGUUGAUACCUAUGUCAUGUUGGCUGAGGGAGACUAUGAUCAAAGCUUGACAGGGAAUUAUUUUGAGCCUAAGAGGAAGCUGGCAGAGCCGACUCCUCAGUGUUGUGAGGUUGAGUUGCAGGAGCGGGUUGUUGAUGCCUGUCAGAGCUUGGUGGGAUUGAAACUUCCUCAAAAUUAG